UUCGUGUCAUUUUCUCUUCUGUUUCGCUUCAUUUUGCAAAGUUGACAUCCAGUCAACUUUUUUCGAAUGAAAAUAAAACAAAACACCAGAUUUUGAUAUAAAGCGGAAAUGGGUCCCAAAAAAAUAGCCCUGAAAAGCGCAUUCUCGCCAGAGGAUGACAAACUGGCGCUCGAAUCCAAGUUGGUGACCCUAGUGGAGCCCCACCGCCACAUCUGGGACAUCAAAGACAAGGACUACAAGGUCAACACGAUGCGACAAAAUACUUUUACUAGUAUUGGAGAGCAGCUUGGAAAACCUGGUGACGUGUGUAUGGCACUUUGGGAAAGUUUGAGGUCCCAGUACUUGGCCGCGAGACGAGCUCUUCCAACGGGAAGUGGGGCUAAAGCACGAAGUUCCUUCAGACUGUUUGAUGCAAUGUCCUUUAUUUCAGGAGGACAAGAUCAGUCUCAGACCAUUUGUAAUCUUGAUGGUGAUGAGGACGAGACAGAGCAUGCAGAUGACGAAUUCUCAACAAUAAACUUCGCUGACUUGAACGAUGACAACAUUGACACUUCCGUUGUCCCAAAUCAAACUCAAAACUCUGUGCCAGAGUCUAAUCCUCGCCCGAGAUCCCAUGCUAAAUUCGGAGGGAAGAGGAAGCUGGACAGUCUGGAGGAACAAAUGCUUAAUUUUAUCAAGGGAGGUGACUCGAAGGAUGACGAAUUUGAGCGAUUUGGGAAGACCAUAGCUGCAAAACUUCGCAAAAUUCACGAGAGAGAUCCCAAAGCUGCUGCGACCUGCGAAUACGAGCUUCAUGGGGUGUUGCACAAAACAGAACUCAAUAUUUUGUAAUCACAAUCACUAUAUAUUUAACUAUAUUUAAUACGUUGUUAGU